UGAAAUUAGUUAAUGUUUUGAAUUUAUGCUGAAUUUUGUCCGAAAUGGAUUUGUCACAUAUAUUUAUAAAAAUAUAUACCUUGUAAAGUCUUUUAUUUCUCUAUGAGACUUUAAUAAUAUCUGUGUGUUCAUUUAAAUACCAGAUUGUAAUUUCUGCCAUUCAAAAAGUUUUUAAAUCAUAUUGUUGGGCAGUCUUCCCGCGCUUUCUGCUUCUACUUGUUAGACUGUUUCUUGUUCAUGAAGUUGUAGGCAAUUGUAAAGUCACAUGACGUUAGUGGAUGCUCCUACUGAUGAGGCAGAUCUAGUGGGUUAUGAUAACCAGCUGAAUCUCUAGCUACAUCUUUAUUUUAGAAAUAUGGCACAAAAGGUAGAGGAUUUCAAUCUCCCCAUGACUGCAAUUACAAAAAUUGUAAAGGAUGCUAUUCCUGAAGGUGUGAGAGUUACUGAAGCAGCAAAACUAGCCUUGAAUAAAGCAGCCAGCGUCUUUGUAUUAUAUGUUACAUCCAGUUCUAACAGUUUGGCACAAGAUGAUAACAGAAAACGACUACUAGCUAAAGAUGUGCUUGAAGCUUUGAAUGAUCUUGAUUUAGAUGUUUUGAUCCCUCCUUUGCACAGUGCUUUAAUUGCAUAUCGGAAAAGCCAGGAGACUAAAAAGCAAGCAAAAGAAAAUAAAAGAACUUCAAAUCAUGUUGAAGAAGCUGAGACGUUAGAGGAAGAAGAAGAAGAAGAAACUCCUGAUGAUAAUGAAGUACAAGAAGUACAAGUGAUUAAAGAGCCAUAUGAUGUGAUAGAAUUAGAUGACUCUGAAAGUGGGGAUGAAGAAAUGAACAAUGAUAGUGAAAGUAGCAGCGAUUAGUGUUAGCAUAAAGAUGAAUGCACUGAUGAAUGUAUUGAAAUAAAGUGUACAUAUAUUUUUCA